AUGACAAGGUUUGCUGCUGUGCCGUUGGUGUUCCUGAUGAUCGUGGCCUUCUUCGCAGUCUCCGGCGCGGCUCGACGACUCAGCGGCGACGUGUGGGAGCCGACCGGGGCAGCCGUCGCCGACUCCGGCGACGGUGUGAUGGUGCAGCUUCUCCGGCAAAUGUACCUUCAGCGGUUGGGGGCGGGGCCCUCGUGCGGCACCCACAGCGCAAACGGUGGCUGCCCACCCUGA